AUGACUCAAAGCUCACCGGAGGCUCUCAAUUGUCAUUUGAACAAGUCCGAUAAAUCCACAACUGUUGCAAUCAUCGGGGUGGGCUAUGUCGGAGAACACCUCAUGGAAGUCUUCUCUUCCGCCUUCAAGGUCAUUGGCUACGACGUGUCGGCCUCGCGGAUAGAAGAAUUGCGCAAGAAGUACCAUCGACUAGACCACGUAAAGUUCUCAAACGAUGAAAGGGUCUUGACCGACGCGUCGCAUUUCCUCGUCUGUGUUCCGACUACUCUGGCAUUAAAUGGCCAAGUCGACUCUUCAUAUGUUCGCAGCGCGAUAAGCAUGCUCGAUCGCUACGUGACCGACAGGUCAAUAGUGGUGGUAGAAAGCACAGUGGCAGUUGGUAUGACGAGGGAGUUUCUCGGGCCGUUGGCUAGAUCACUUGGUGUCUUGGCCGGGAUGUCGCCAGAGCGUAUCGAUCCUGGACGAGUCGACCCUCCGCCCAAUUCGAUACCCAAAGUUGUUUCUGGGCUUGACGACAUAGUCCCAGGAUCACUGAGAGCCAUCACGCAACUUUAUGAGACCGUGUUCGAUACUGUAGUCCCGGUCAGCAAGCCCGAGGUAGCGGAGAUGUCGAAGCUAUACGAAAACUGCCAACGAACAAUAGCCAUCGCUUACGCCAACGAGAUGGCCGACGCCUGCCAAGGGCUGGGUAUUGACCCUUUCGAAGUAGCUCAAACGGCCGCGAGUAAACCCUUCGGAUACCUCCCCAUGUACCCCUCACUAGGCAUCGGGGGCCAUUGUAUCCCGGUCAAUCCGGUUUACUUGAUGUCGACUUGCAACCUACCACUCCUCCAACAAGCCCACGAAAGGAUGAUGACGCGCCCUUCCCGUAUCGCCAGCCAGCUUCUCACAUUGAUAUUGGACGAAAGUCAUAGGAUGCACGGUGCUGCUCAUCGACCAAGGGUGCUAGUGGUCGGUCUCGGCUUCAAAGCUGGUCAGUCAGAUCUGUCCCAUUCGCCUGGCCUGCAGCUAUUGAACUUCCUGCGCGGCUCGGGCGAGGUAGACUUGAUGUUCUGCGACCCCUUGGUGUUCUUGGAUUCGAUUUUGUUGACUCUGAUCCGGCAGGGGUACCGCAUGUCAAAUCCAGACCAAGCUGGCGCACCAAUCUGCCUUCUUGAGUAUGGAUUAGCAUGCGAUGGCACUCAAUGGCCCCCUGGCUUCAACACAUCAACUACUCCCCGACCAAGGCUAGGGAGCGUUCCCUAUGGAAAGAGAUUCACAAGUUGCACUGUGGAAGACACGCUUGCGCUUACAUACGACGACGGCCCUUCGCAAUGGACUCCGGACUUGUUAGAUAUCUUGAAAGCCAACAACGUCAAAGCAACCUUCUUUAUCAAGGCCAUCCACUUGUAUGAAGAUCUGGUCAAUCAUCGCAGCGACAAGACCCCUGCAAUCAUCAGGCGGAUGUACAAUGAAGGACACCAAAUCGCUGGACAUACCUGGGGUCACAAGAACAUGGACGAGGCGCUGGAUUCGCAACAACGUAGAGAUGAGAUGGUAAAAGCAGAGAUUGCGCUCAAUGAUAUCCUAGGCUUCUUCCCGACAUACAUGCGCCCACCGUUCAACGCAUGCGGCCCCGCUUGUCAGGCCGACAUGGGUGAGCUAGGGUACCAUGUGACUUCAAACGACAUCGAGCCACGCGACUGGGCAGGAAACUACACUUUUGCUGAAGAACAGUUUCUCGGCAGAUUGAAGACUCCGACCAAUCGUUUCGGCAUCCGAGCCUGGCUGGGCAUAGCGCACGAUACUCACGAGCGUACGGUGCAUGGUUUUACGCAAUUCAUGAUCAAUCAAGCGCGAGAAUAUGGGUUUAAGAUGGUGACAGUUGGCGAGUGCUUGAACGAUCCAGAAGAGAAUUGGUAUCGGGAUCCUGUGACGGGUGGAGCGGUUCGUAAUCUGCCUCCGAAAGAUGUCGCGUGAUGGAAGCUGGAGCUCUAGGAGGGAAAUAAGAUGAAGAUGUGUAUCGGCGGGGUCGGGGUGCGAGGAGUGACAGGCAUUGGUAGACCCUGAUCUUGGCAUGCCGGAAAGCAAUCGGAACAAAUUGUCGCGAUACAAAUUGAACCGACCACAUCC